AUUUUAUUAAGAUAUAUAUGUUUAGAAUUAGUUUAAUAUAUAAAAAAUGAGCCUAAUAAAGCUAUUAAGAAGUCAGAAUAGUCAUUUGUUUAAUUUAUCAUUCUCAAGAAAUUGGUAUAGAAAUGGAAUUUUAAAGAAAAAUGGGGAUUUUUUUGGUAUUUUAUGUAAAAAACAAACAGAUUUAUCAAUAAUAAGACCUAUUUCAUAUAAAAAUAUAGGAAAUCAUGUUUUUAUAUCUAAAAAAAAUAACACCCAGUUAAAUAGAAGUUAUAUAGGAUAUUGGCUUUUAGGAUGUUCAAGCCUUGUUUUUGGAAUUGUAAUUCUUGGAGGAUUAACACGUUUAACAGAAUCAGGAUUAAGUAUUACAGAAUGGAAACCCAUUACAGGUAUUUUACCGCCAUUAUCUCAUGAGGAAUGGGUUUCAGAAUUUGAAAAAUACAAGGUUACACCAGAAUUUGAAUUUAUUAAUAAAGAUAUUUCAUUAUCUCAUUUUAAAUUUAUUUACAAUAUGGAAUGGGGACAUAGACUUCUUGGUCGGAUAAUUGGUAUUGUUUUUGUUCUUCCAGCAGCUUAUUUUAUUAUACGUAAAAAAGUAACACCAAAUAUGACCAGAAGAUUGGUUUCUAUGGGUUGUUUAUUAGGAUUACAGGGAUUUAUUGGUUGGUGGAUGGUUAAAUCAGGAUUAAAACAUGAAAAUUUUAAAGAAAAUAAAUCAAUUCCACGGGUUAGUCAAUAUAGAUUAGCUAUACAUCUUGGGGCAGCACUUUCUUUAUAUAUUGGAAUGUUAUGGACGGGACUAGAUAUAUUAAAAGAAAAUAAAUGGGCUAAUAAAACAAAUAAAACUAAAAGAUUUAUCUUUCAAGAAUUAAAUAAUCCUCGUUUUCGAAUUCUUAAAAGAAUGAUUUUUAUGCUGAGCGGCUUAGUAUUUAUAACUGCAUUAUCGGGAGCACUUGUUGCAGGUUUAGAUGCAGGUCUUAUUUACAAUACUUUUCCAUAUAUGGGAACAUCCUUAAUUCCACCAAAAUCCGAGCUUUUUUCUGAAAUAUAUUCUAGCAAUAAUUCUAAAAUAGAUUUAUGGUUGAAAAAUAUGUUUGAAAACCCAGUAAUGGCUCAGUUUAAUCAUAGAAUUCUUGGUACAAGUACAUUUAUUUUGACAAGUGUAAUAUUUUUUUAUUCACGAAGAAUGGUAUUUUUGAGAAUGAUUCCUAUGAAUAUAAGAAAUAAUAUUUCAACUCUUAUGGCUGCUGUGUGUAUUCAAGUUAUUCUUGGUAUAUCAACUCUUGUACAUGCAGUUCCUAUAUUACUGGCUACGAUGCAUCAAGCAAAUAGCCUUAUUGUUUUAACGUCUAUUAUAGUUCUUGGGAAUCGAUUAAGUAUACCAAAUUAUUUUUUGAAAAACCGUCCUGUUUGUUUCUUAUCAAACCAUUUUAAAUCCAAAUGAAAUUCAAAAAUAUUGUUAAUUUUUAGCUCUAUAAUCAUAGAA